AUGCCACUCUUUUCCAAUGUGCCCGCGCUUCGCCUGACCCUAGCCUACGCUCUGAACGAGCCUUCGUGCCUGCUCCCGCACAGGACCAUUCCAACUCUUCUCCCGCUCCCACUACCAAUUGGCCAUUGGCUUCCCUCUCUAAACGCCGCGGGCAAGAAACCUACCAUUCGUGCCCUUGUCAUAGACAAAGACAACACACUAUGUCCUCCAGAGACGGUCAAAUUACACCACGCAUACCUAAACAAGAUCGAAAAGAUCAAGGGAAGCGACGAGUUCAGCCACAGUCCGCACAGCAUCUUGAUCGUCUCCAACACUGCAGGAAGCUCCUCUGCGCCGGAACAUGAAGCCGAGGCCAAGCAGCUGGAAAAGGAGCUGGGCAUUUCUGUGCUAAGACAACACCCCGACCGCAAGAAGCCAUUCUGCGGACCGGAUAUUUUGCAGUAUUUCAGAGAUCAUGGCGUUACCGAGGAUCCCAAGGAGAUCGUAGUUGUGGGGGACCGGUUAGCCACUGAUGUUCUGCUCGCCCGUGAGAUGGGUAGCUGGAGCAUUUGGACCCGAGACGGAUGGCGCAACCCCGAAACGCCUGGGCGAGAUUACAGAGGCUUCUUCAGUAGGAUCGAGGGCCGCUUCGAACGAUUGAUGCGAGGUGGCCUGGGAAGGGUAGCUCCACUACCAAAGACUAUAUCACCAUCCUGA